GCAACAUGAUCCGCGCACACCACCACCACGGAGAGGCCGGGCUCUGCGGUCCUCCUGCAUCCUGCCAGCCCUCCGCACCACAUGGAGGAGACCGGAUAGAGGAAAACUAACGGGGUGGGAAUGACAAAGAAAGAAGGUGGACCGUCUUCUCUGGUUUAUAUGAACCCGCACAGCAUCAGCAGCUCCUGACAAAGCAGAGGCAACAACACAGACAUGAGGAUCACGGGAGGAAGGGUGACUGCUGCUGCUGCUGCUUAUUGCGGUCUGCGUCAAACCUCAAGAUAAUACCCUCCGUGCCUCUUUAAGGACUUUUUGGGGGGGAUUUUUUUGCAAGAAGGGGUCCAUGUCAGCAUCUCGGGUAAAGCAUCCAGCAGGGACAGUGAUGGUUAGCCAGUUUCACCCACUCUCAGCAUCUGCAUUGUAAGGGGGAAACUCGUCCUGUGGGAGUGGGAUUGAAGAGGAAUAUGCAGAGAUAGGACCAAGAGUUUUUGUUCUCGCUUCUAAACCAGAAAGAGUCCCAGUUGGUCAACUUGUUUGUUUGGUAUCAUGAGCUCCAUGUUUUUCUCCGACACUCCGCCCGGGUCGAUUUGCGGCGUCCCCACCGGGUCGGGUGCGGUUACCAGCGCCCUGCGAAAUGACCUGGGUUCCAACAUCCAUGUGCUGAAGACCCUCAACCUGCGCUUCCGCUGCUUCCUCGCCAAAGUCCACGAACUGGAGAGGAGAAAUAAACUGUUGGAGAACCAGUUGCAGAAAGCUCUGCAGAAACAGCAACAACGCCACUUUUUCACCCGAGAAGUUGCGGUGCAGACGGACGGUCCCGAGUCCAGACUGCCGGGCACCAUCUGGAGUUUCACCAGCGUCCGGAGGCAAGGGGAGCGCCUAGAGACCCUGCACGGGCCCGGGGUGACGUGGACGCACCCGGACGGAGUUGGGGUCCAGAUUGAUACCAUCACCCCAGAGUUGAGGGCUUUGUAUAACGUGCUGGCCAAAGUCAAACGGGAGAGGGACGAGUACAGAAGAAGGUGAGUGUUGGCUGGUGUUUGGAACUUGUGUGUUUGUUGCUAUUGCUCCUAAAUCUGACUGUUGUGUCACGUUUAGAUCCCAAAUUAGUCAUGAUGGUACAGUGGAUUUCUCAAAUGCUGCACCUUAAGUCUUGACAGUAAGUUGCAAAAUAGAUAGACACUUGGCACGUGCUGUCAAACCAGCUUAGGCGUCCACAUAUGACGCAUUGGAGAUACCUUGGGCGUCAGAUUUUGAGUUGGGAUUAAACGGCAGGUGGAGGUGGACUGACUGAAUCUCACUACAUAGGCUAGUAACCUUUAGCAGGGGCUGAGCAAGGAAUUAAGGGUCUUGAAGGAAUGUUGCUAAGGGUUCCCUUUUCCGUUUUGCCCUUCCUCCCCAGCUAAACUUAGACUUAAAUAAGAACAAAGCCUAAAAUGACUACAGCGUGUGACUUUAUAGCUACAAUUAAGCAGCUAGUGGGAUUUUUUUCACAUAAAUAGUCAAAUGAUGUAAUCAUGCCCACUUUAUAUUCCCUAUUACAGAAGUCCCCCUACCAAACAAAAGUAAACUAACUCUAGCCAUGAAACUGAAGCAGUUUAAAAAAGGAAGGAGAUGGUCCAAUGUGUACCUAGAUUUGUAACUAAUCAAACAGUGGUCAAAUCAAAGCGUCAAGAUUCUUGGUUUCCAGGUUCUCCAAUCUUUCCUUUGGUUGAUAUCACAUUCAACUGACCACCAUUAGGUUACAGAGGGUUGCUUACAUUAAACAAGGCAUUUAAUGAAGUCCUCUUGGGAAUUUCUGACAUGAGUUAGGGAAAAUAAUUUGCCAAAUAGCCAAGAAAAUGAUUAGAACAUACUUUGUCAGGUGUCAUACAUUAUAAGUGAUAAGUGUUUUCUUAUCACGGUGCUGAUGAUUCAUGAUGAUUCAUUUUGGACAGUUCUGACAUGACUGAGAGAAAAUGAUCAGAACAUAUUUUGACAGGUCUCUUGCGUUAUCCGUGUGAUGGCUGGGGGUCAGAUAUAAAUGUUUUGUCAUCACUUUUGAGGAGUUGGGCUUAUACCUAGCACCUGUUAUGGACCAGGAGGUGAGGUGAAGGUGGACUGACUGAAUCUGACUACAUAGGCUAGUAAUCUUUAGUAGGGCCUGAGCAAGGAAUUAAGGGUCUUGAGGAAAUGUUGUUUAGGGCUCCGUUUUCUGUUUUGCCUCCCCCAGCUAAACUUAGCUACUCUUAAAUAAGAACAAAGCCUAAAAUGACUACAGCAUGUGACUUUAUAGCUACAAUUAAGCAGCUAGUGGGAUUUCUUUUUCAUGUAAAUAGUCAAUUAAUGUCAUCUAGCCCACAUUAUUGUCCCUAUUACAGCAGUCCCCCUACCAAACAAAAGUACAGAGGUUAACUCUGACCAUGAAACUAAAGGAGAUGGUUUAAUGUGUUGCUACAUAAGCUGGAGAUCAAGAGACAAAAACACAUUUUGUAACUAAUCAAACAGUGGUCAAAUCAAAGCGUCAAGAUUCCUGAUUUCCAGGUUCUCCAAUCUCUCCUUCCAUUGAUAUCACUUUCAACUGACCAACAUUAGGUCAUAGAGGGUUGCUGACAUUAAACAAGGCAUUCAAUGAAGUACUCUUGGGAAUUUCUGACAUGAGUGAGGGAAAAUAAUUUGCCAAAUAGCCAAGAAAAUGAUUAGAACAUAUUUUGACAGGUUUUAUACAUUAUCUGCCAGAUGGCUGGGGUCAGACCUAAGUGUUUUCUUACACAGUGCUGUUCUUAUCAGCCAUUUCUUCCUGUGAUUUCUGACUCCUCAGUGUGACUUUUUUUCUCACCAUGUGGGUGUGCCUGUCAAAUGCCCCCAUAUGCUCGUUUGACAUAUAGAAGAGAGGUAUCUGAGAGAUCGAGUUUCACCUGAGGUUGUAUUUCACAUGAGGAGUGUCAGAGCUCUGGAUGUUUUCAGUUUUUGAUCAACUCAGAGAUGAAAAUUGGAUUGACUCUGUUUCCCACAUGGGCUUAUGAGGAAAUUCCUUUUCAUGGCUCAGUCUCCACCAAUUGUUCCUCUUCUUUAGUCACAUUAAUUAUGUUUCCUUGAGGACUCAUUGAUGCGUCCCCAGCUGACCCACGUCACUCCUGGCCGGCUUGGCUGGCUGGCUGCUGGGGGGGAGACUUUGCCAAGCAGUCGCCGGCUUCUGUUUGCUGCUAUGAUUCAAGCAGAGAGGCAUUUUAACGGGCCGGCUGCUUGCUGAGGUCGCCGAUGACGAACACCGACUUCCCCCUGAGUUCACUGACUCAGUGACACAGAAUGUGUGCUCUCUCUCUCUCUCUCCCACAUUUCUGGGAAUCUUCAUAUCCUGCCCAGUCAUUCCCUGUAACACUAGCACAUCCUUUUUUGAACAUUUCUGCUCCAGGAUGUCAGACACUGGGAGGGCAGCCAGAUUAAAAAGUGCUGCAGCUGAGUCCAAAAAAUUUUAGAUCUCUAUUGGCAAGAAUGGGAGUACUUUACUUUAUAUAUGCCUUUGACACAGCUAUCUAAUCUACUUUUAAAUAGAGUUUAAAUAAGUAAGUAAAAUACACGAAGCUGCUGCACUUAAUGUAUACACCGCCCUAAAAAGUGUUGUUCUGUGUUUUGUCCCAAAGGUGUGUUCAUUAGACUAACUUAAGUCUUUUUAGCUAGCAAAGCCACUAGCCAAGGCUGUAGUUCAGGUUACUGGCUACUGCGAUAAUGCAUUAGCACCUGAAUAUAAACAAGAAGAGAUGACAGAAUCUCUUAGCAUAGCAAGGUCUGGCUUUAUUUUGUUCUAGAAAAUGGAGAUAAAGCUGCUAAGAGGCUGUAUCUGCUUAACCCAGCAUAUUACUUCAAUCAAUCAACCAACUAAUCAAUAUUUAUUUAUGGUACAUUCGAGCUACCUUGGAAGUUACACCCGAGUUACCAGCGUUUCAGUUACUAAGUCGGAAAAAAGCAAAAUCGGAGGCGGAAACCAGAUGGCUACAUCUACGAAAGUUAUUUUACCACUUGCCUUGUCCUUGCUUUUAUUCAAACAAGACAAGCACGAAAAUAACGUAGAUGUUCCCAUCUUGUUUCUGCCUCUGAUUUUGCUUUUUUCCGACUUGGUAACUGAAACACUGAUAACUCCGGUGUGACGUCAUUUUCAGCUCCGACAUCUGACUUCCGAGGUAACUCGAACGCAGCAUUAUAUUGACCUAAUUCAUAACAAAUAUUAUCUCAAGAUGUUAAGAAAGAGCAGGUCGUGACCGUACUUUGUGUUAACCUUAUUUACAAAGACUCAACAUCAAGAUAAAGUAAGAGUUAAUCUUAAUAAUCAAUCUUAAUUUGAUUCUUUUUAAUUCUUAGUAAUCACACUCUAUCACAGGGUUACUCUUUGCAGCCCUGGUAUUAUAACACAGAUUUAGGAAGGACAUUUUUUUACUUUUAUGCUUACAAUUUUUUUACAAUGGCACUCUAAAGUACCAAAGAGUCAAAGUGUCCUUUUUUUUUAUUCCUUUUACAUCCAGAAAAGUGAGGAACAAGACUCAUUUCUGGCCUAUUUUUACUGUCCAUUAAUCCUGGUAGUCAAUCUCUCUCCUCUCACUUUCCUUGUCUGCUCUCAGCUCAGUAAUUGCAUCACCGCUGAGUUCACUGCCCAGUUGUUUUUUUUUCUCUCUGUCUACCGGUCUAAAUCCUCUUUACUACAGUCACGUUUCAGCGUACAAUGCCCUCGCCCAAUCCUCCCUGUGCCUUUUCUCUUCUGUGCUUUUUGUUUACGGCCAUUUCUUCGUCUUUUUCGCUCCACCCCUUUCACAGCCCCUCUACCCGUCUGCACGAAGACUGCUUUGUAAGACAUCCUUGAAAUCCUCCCCAGAGCUCCCACACCACCCGGGUGAUUUAUUAAAGCUUUACGAGAGGGGACACACACGCACAGAUAGAUGGCCAGAUGCUCCAUUUUUGAUGUGGCCUCCUGCAUUCAUGCUGAGAAGUUCUUGUUUACUUUUACUCUGAUCAAGGACCUAUUUUCUGAGCCUGAGGCAAAAUGGUGUGAUCAGUCAUUCUGCAUCACACAAUUACUUUUGUGGCUAUUCUGUGAAGUCAGUUCCCAGGCUUCUCAUAAACAAAACAUGGUUCGAAUGUAAUUGAAAAAAAAUAUAUUUACCAGGACAAUUAACAAGUACAAUACAGACAUCAGACAGUUUAAACCGCUGGUAUACUCCCACGGUUAGAUAGACAAAUGAGGAACAUUUGACUUAGUUUGUAACCUGUUGAACCCGUUAUGCCCUUUAAAUGUCCUAUAAAGAAAGGUUCAGCCUUGUAAACAGCUGCAGUGUUCUCUCAUGAUGACCUAUUAAAUGAAAUGACUAGAGUAGGUCAUCAUGAGUUUGCCGUCUAACUAAAUCAACUUUUGAGUUAUUUUCAAUUGUAUAUGUCAUGUUUGGUUUUUUAAUAAUAAAAAAAAAAGGAUUUGUAUCUACAACUUUAAAUUUGGGGGUGUAGUUCAGUGUAGAGAGCAAGUCCUUCAUACACAGAGGCAUAGUCUUUAAAGACCCACGCCGAUGUAAAUCAUGUUUUUCUUGUUUUUUACAUGUUCAUAUGGCAUUUUUCUAAUGCUACAGGACAAAUCAUGAGAAAACUAAAUGCAAAAUUGCUUUUCUGAGUAUUUCUUCAUUCGAAUCGCUGUUAAUCUCUGGCAGACCCAAACGGCAGGUUCAGAAACAGUGAGAUUUCAUAUGUAACCAAUCUAAGCUCCGCCCAGGCCAGACUCUGCAUAUAGAGGAGGAAUAGAGAGGACGAUUGCGGAACAAGCAUGUGCGUUAGCAGAUUGCAAUGCUCGUAAGAAAGCUGAUUAUGACAUUAGCUUUCAUUGUGUCCCUAAAGACAUUAGUGUCUGAGAGCUGAAUAGCUCCUAUAUUACUUGCCACUUCUACUACACAGGCAAUGUUAGGCUGCAAGCUAGCCUAAAGAGGAGUGUGCAGAGCAGCGCUGUCUCCGCCCACGACUCAGAGGCGAAUUGCUAAUGAUCUACUGGAGCUCUGCAGAAGAAAAACGCUUGACGUAGCUAACACGGUUCUUGGUUAAAACUUUAUAAACACAGUUUAAAGACCACUGAGAACACUUCAAGUUGUUAAAAAAACUGAAUGGAGUGGGACUUUAAACACUGGUUGUACCCAACUUUAUCUCCCCCUGCUAGGUCCAGAACAGUAAUUAAAAAAAUGACAAAUUUACCAAAAACUUAAUUGCAUGAAGCCAAGUAACCUCCCUUCAAAGAAAAGUUUUUGAAAAAGCAUGUGAUCACCUUUUACAAGCUUUAUUUGUCUUUUAUUGCGAUGAAUGCAUUCCUUACUGCAAUCCUAAGGUUUUGUAUACUCUAAAGAUUUGUAUUUAAAGUGCGGAGAGUGCGAGUUUGUCGUAGACAGAGGACUAAAUCUUGUUAGGCGAGGUUCUGGUGUGCUGCUUGUUUUCUCAACAGUCUACAGUUAUUGACUAUUUCUCUUUGCAGAAAAGUAUCUUGCCUCAAAACAUUGCUGGCACAGCUCCUCUCUGGUGCACCGCAUUGUUUUGAAAGACUAUAAUCAUGUUCUUUCACGGGUACAGGGUUUAUUUGUGGAUCUGUAAGAGCCCUUAAGCUGAUCGAACCCACAUUCUUCACUCAUUUCUGAUAUUCCUCCUUUAUAAAACUGCUGUGUUCAGCUGCAGCCUUCAUGUACACAUACAAAUGUAGGACGUAUAGACAUAUAGCUGGUCGAGGUCUGGCUUCAUAAAUCAGACAGCCGGCUCAUAUGAACGUCCACUUAGCUCCACAGUGUCAGGGUCACAUACCUCAUACACUGACAAACAACAGAGCAAAGGAUGCUGGGUAAGGUCAAUGCCAGUGCCCUCAUACACACAGUAUUUAUCCCUCUGUCCUGUAUCACUGUGAAAUGUCUCACUAAGAUGUCAGCGAGUCUGGAACAGUAAUUACCAUCUGUGUGCGAUAGUGCUUAUAUGGCAAUGAAAUCAGCUACAGUGACAUACAUAUUUGUCAGUCAAAACAUAUACUGUGUGAACUAGUGCUGGACGAUAAUUCGAUAACAAUAUAUAUCGAUCGAUAGACGUGUGGUGCGAUAGAAAAAAAACGGGUCGAUAAAAAGUUCGAUAGAAAAACACAGUUUCCCUUUCUUUUUCAUCAUAGCCUAUCAUGUAGCUUUUACUACAGUCAUUACUUCCUCCCAACCAAUCACAAACGCAGACCCAGGUACGCUACGGCACCAAGCCCAGCCCCUAUCAAACCACAACAGACAGCACGUGUAUUAGAAAAAAUGAUACAGCAAGGAGAAGCGGAGGACAUUGUGUUGAAAAAAGGUCUCAGUAGUUCUCCAGCAUGGCAGUGUUUUGGUUUUUAGAAGUCUGACAAAAAGCGAACAGCGGUCGUUUGCAAAAUUUGCAGAGAAUUAGUAAAAACCAAGUCUGGUAACACAACCGACUUGUUUUACCAUCUAAACCGAUCGCACCCGCAGGAGUACGAGCUGUGUCGGCCGCGCCGCGGCUCCACGUCGUCGUCGGAGGAGGAAUCCUCUGGAACCGCUGCCAGCACCGGCACAAAGCAUGUGAAGCAGACCAAACUGGACUUCGUUUCUUGUCAAAAUACGACAAAGCGGCCGAGCGGCAUAAGGACAUCACCCAUGCAGUAACAUGCUUCAUAGCGAGGGACAUACUGCCAAUAACUACCGUUGAAAAGCCUGGCUUCGACCAGCUUCUAGCCACUCUCGACCCGCGAUAUGAAGUGCCCGGCCGUAAGUAUUUCUCAAACACAGCGCUUCAGGCAUGAAAAUGGGUCAGGGGUUGAAAAGGUGAGAAGGGUGCGGAGGAAAUACGUUCAAAUGAGCUCAUAUUUUACAAAGACGCGAGUAUUUGGAUCAUGGCUACUAGCAGGGGGUGCAUCCGGCAGGGGUGCAUUCUACGACACAACACCGGCGUGGAUAAGUCCUGCUUCUCGUGCUUAGUUUGUGUAUUAAGUCAAUCACAUGAUAAUUAAAAAAAAUAAAUCUCCCGACCCCGGGAGAAAUAUUUCAGUGUUCAGACACCAGGCUGUGGGCAGUUUCCCACACAGUUAAAACUGGUAGUAUGCUAUUCCCACCUAAAGCUAUUCUGUUUAUUUAUAUAUUUGUUUGUUUUGUUUAUUUUCAUCAAAAGACUAUUUAAAUAUUUAUUUAUCAGAUUUUCUGGUCACUUUAGUCUUUAUGUUUUGUCAGUAUUUACUGACGUCACUCAGGCCACUUAAGCUGAUCGAACCCACAUUCUUCACUCAUUUCUGAUAUUCCUCCUUUAUAAAACUGCUGUGUUCAGCUGCAGCCUUCACGUACACAUACAAAUGUAGGACGUAUAGACAUACAGCUGGUCAAGGUCUGGAUUCAUAAAUCAGACAGCCGGCUCAUAUGAACGUCCACUUAGUUAAAAGUAGGUCAUUAAGCAAUAGCAUAAAACAUCCAGGGCUGCAAUUAAAAUAUAUGUUAAAUAAUUAUAAUUAUCUCACUAAGAUGUCAGCGAGUCUGGAACAGUAAUUACCAUCUGUGUGCGAUAGUGCUUAUAUGGCAAUGAAAUCAGCUACAGUGACAUACAUAUUUGUCAGUCAAAACAUAUACUGUGAAAAGAAAGUGUGUCAUUGCAGCUCUGAACAGGGUGGUAAAGUGGGAAUUUGUUUAAGAUUUACAUGUUAAACUGAUGCCGCUGUGAUGCUGACAACAGCUUUAUCUAUUAUGCAGAGUACUGCAAGGAAAACAGAUAGGGAGUCAAAGAGAGCACUUGUGUUAAUCUUCUAAUACAUGCUGUUAAUGCUGCAUAUGUAAAGAGUUAGUUUAACUGUCAAAUAACACCGCAGGUGAGAACAUGAUAUUGGGGUUUACGUAAAUGUCUGUGGAAUAGAGAUAUUCAGAUGGUUAUGCAGGUUGAAAGACUGAGCUUGAUACUUCAUUUUCAGAAAGCAGUGUGCUGCAGUGCAGUGGUUUGUUUUUGUCUCCCAAUGUAAUGUCAUUUCAAAAAGAGCAGCUUUUACCAAAGAUUUAGACAUUUAGUCUUGUAUUAAAAAUGAUUUGUCUGUUUCUUUUAUUAUUUUCAGUCACAAGAGAUGGCUGCUAAAAAACACGUCACUGAAAACCUUUAUCCAACCAAAGAGGAAAACAGGAGAACAGAUAGAAAUGCCUGAAGUAGUUUUGUGGGUGUUUGCAAAUAAAUACAUCAAGGUAUUUGGACAAAAUUGAAUCUAAUACCAGUAAAUAAAAAUAAACAAGUGAAACACAAAGGUUUUCCUCACACUUGGCUAUCUCAACAAAAUGUAAAGUCUCUAAAAGAUUGCUUAUAUAUAGCUUUUUUUCAUUAAUCACUGUCACAGGAAGUACUUUUUAAUCAAUAACACUUUCUUCAAGAUUAGAGAAGGUCAAAGUUGAACAAUCAGUGUGUUAAAACUCUUGUGUGGAACUUUAGGCUUGUUUUGAUUUCGGCGCCCCCUGUGGACAAAUGGACAUCUCCUCUACUGCUAGGUAAAAUAAGUUAAUAAGUUUUUCUGUCUCCUAACCCCCAUCAGUUUUUUUGGGCAUCAGAAAUAACUAUAAGGAAAUAUUCAAUCUUAUUACGAUUCUUUUUUUCUUUUUUUAGGUUGUAAAAAGGUGUCAAUAUUAACUUAGGUCUGUUUUAUUGUAACCAGUGAGAAACUCUUCAUGGCAGCUUCAAAGAUAAAGGUGGAACAAAACAUCCAUAAAGCAGAAUAUCUUCUUGACCGGUCUGAUAAAGUUAUUGUACUGAUGGCACCAAAUACCAGCAUUUUAUCUAAAAUGAUCAUAUACAUAUAAUACAUAUAAUACAAUAUGAUACUCUUGACUAAUUAUUAUUUGAUACACAGUUUUUUAAUGUGCACAACUUAUCCCUACCUAGCUUACAUCAUUUUGUAACGUAACGUUCAGAUAUGGAUCAAAUCCUGUCUAUAUCUUGUCUUAAAUCACCCUGCAAUCCCACCUCCAUAGAUAUGAUGUAUGUUGCCUGGGGUAACUCUUUCAUGUCAGUAGUGUUUUCUGUAACUUACAGCAUUUGUUUCUUCAAUAAAAGCUUUCCAUUACUGCAGUAUAUCUUCAUACAGGGAUUGAUGAAAAACUCAUAAUUUCUCCUCUCGCUGCAGCAUUUUCAGCAUACUCUGGUGCUUAGGAGCGCAUUACCCCAACGUUUUUCCCCACUUGGGACUUGAACCAGAGACCCCCGGUCAUCACUGUGGCCUCUCUGUAAUUGGUUCUUCAUGCCAUUAUUGUGUAGGGGCCAAACAAGUGUCCUACUGGAUGACAAUGUGGGCGAUACAUGGACGUAUAGUGAACCUGAGCAGUCUCCGGGCCUCCUGGGCAUGUUCCCUCUGCAUGAAUAAUUCACAUUCAGCUGAAUUUAGCUGCAUGUGUGGAUCAAUGCAGUGAGAAUCCACUGAAGACGUCUUUUCGGAUGCUUUGAUCUCGCUUCCUGUGCUACUGAGAGGGGAAAGGCGGAACUGAGCAUCAUCUCUUUAGAAAGUAAGAUUUCGGGUUGUCUUAUGAAAAAAGUGACUAAUUACAGGGUGAGGUUUGCUCCGAUUCCAAAGCUUCAGGCUGCAUUAUGUGUCCAAAUAUAUUUCCUCGAUGAGGAGCGCGGCUGAUGAACUCUUCACUCUCUCUGUAUGUCUUUGGGUGUUGACCUGCCCCCGUUUAUAAUCCAGGCAGUCUAUUCAGGAAAGGGAUUUUCUCUAAGCCGUCACCUAGCACCGAGGCACUAACCUCCAGCCAGCGCUGCACGGCGUCCUGGCACGUAGCCGCUGCACUGAGCUGGGGCCUCUCAGAGAGGGAGACUCCCUGCUGCUGAGAUACUGAGAGAGCGAGAGCUCGGUCCACUAAGACCAUUGAGCCUCAGAUUAGAGCUCAUAUUGUUCCUCUCUUACCCUCUCUUCCUGUCUGCGUGGUGCGCUCUGCUUAAGCUCACAACAAGUUUUUGAACUUGCAUUCCAACUUUGAUUAUGGGUCACAUUUUUUGUGACCACAUUUGUUGAAACAUCAUACAAAAAAUGUGCUAAGAGUUUAUUUGUCUCUGCUACAGACCUGAAGUUUUGAGCCCAAACAUUGCUGUUCGCCACACUGUGUACCAGGUUGUCAUAAAAAUGAGCACUGUGGUUGUUCUCUGUACACGGUCUUCAUUCCUAGCUUUCCCAAGGGGUCAGAACAACCCAAAGAAAAAUAAAUCUUAGAGAUCCAGAGGGGAAUUUUAAUAUCAGAGGGAACACAAGCAAAAAAGUUUUCAAGUUUUUCUUAAAUUUUUCUGAAAUUACUGGAGAAAUCUUCAAUUAUGUACCUUAUUUGAGUUUAUAAAACAGUCAUGGCAAUGUCUUGAAGAGACAUUCCGGCGUAAAAUUAAGUUAGGGACAAACAAAGUGUAACACCAAGUUAGACACCACGUCGAGAGAUGAAUGUUGCUUUAUCAUUUCCUUAAAGUAAUAAUCAUCAUCAUAAUCAUUUUGCACUGCAGACGUGGUUGCUCUUCUGCCUUAGCAUCUUGGUCUGUUUGCAUUUCCAUGAAGAAAUGAUCAUAAAUGUUCUUCCUUGAGCUGCGAAACUCCACUCCACUUAUGGACUCGCCUGAGGUUCCGUACAAACAAGUAGCUACUGGAGGAGAGUGGGUGAAUUGUGUUUAGUCUCUUUGCUAAAGAAAUCAGGCAAAGUUAAAAAGAUGUUUAGUGGCUAGCGCUGUGGCGGAGACCCUAUAUGUACUGUUGAUGAAGUUAGGUGCUGCUCUGAGCAUUAUUUGUGGCUAUAGAGUGGCUUUUUGGUUGAGCCCGUGGCUCCUGAGACCGUUGUGUAUUGCUAUCGUGUGGUCGUUACUAAAGUUGGUAUGACUAGAGAAGCUACGGGGUGUCUAACUUGGUGUUUUGGUGUGUUUGACCCUGACAUAGUUUUACACCAGAAAUUCCCUUUAAGUGUCCCCAAAAAACACCCUUUCCAAUAACAUUACACAUGUAAAAACCCCAGGUUCUGGGAUGUUGGAAAAUUGAGGACAUAAUUUUUCUGUGCUCAUCUGAUUGGGCUAGUUUGAAAAAGAAGGAAGACACUAAGAGACAGAUCAAUCCAAAUUCUUAAUGACUAUAAAAACAGAGUAACACCUCGUCUACUAAGAUAUGUACUGACAUUCAGGGGGCAUUAUCAAGUCAAGAAACAGUCAUGCUUUUCCUGCGGCAUAAACACAAGAUGAUAAGAGAGAACCUUUGUGAUCUUGUGAUCAAUGUGAUCUUUAAAGGAAAACCUGCAUGAUGCGCGUGUGUCCCCCUCUGUCUCCUUUCUGCAUUUGUGCCUGAGCUGCUGUGCUGUUGUGCAGCUGUGUUUGAUUAUUCAUGGGUAUCGAUACAGCUGAGAGCGGUGGCCUGCUGCCAUAUUUAAAAGUGCAGGAAUGCACCUGCACCUCUGUGUCUUGAGCCCUGUGACUGCAGAGGGAGAGUCCGAUACUGCACAGGAGGUUUAUAGGUGGAUUGUUAAGUGAAAUCUGCUGUGUCCUCAAGCACAGCAGAGGAGUAAGUGAGGUCAGGUAUAUAUCUCGACUAAUUCCUCAAUGAUCAGACCUAAUCCUUGUUUACAUCCAAUGAUUUAACAUGUUUGUUUGCCUUCUGUUCAGACCUGCUAUGUUUGAGAAGCUAUCACACCUUUUUCCUAAGGCCUGGAUGUGCUGAAACAGCAUCCGACUUAAUAACUGCUGCGGUACAAAAGCUUGUUAUUCCAAAGAAAAUAAUGCUGGUUGGCUUGGAACCUAACAAAACAAACAGACGCAAACAUAUCUUGGAGCAGUUUAUAAGGUUGCACAUGUGCCAGAUUGGACGAUGGCGUGUGAGAUUCUUGACAGACUGUUAAACCCGAGUCUGUGCUGCUGCAUGCAGAGCGGAGACCACAGGUGCCAACUAUCAGAGACAAAGAAGGGGUGAAACUUUCAAUGACUGAGUUUUCAUUUUUAAUUUCACAAUGCCAAAAGCCGUCAUCAGUGACCUACUUAUUAAUAAGAAGUGCAUUCAAGGGAUAUUCUGGCGGAAAUUUAAGUUAGGUUCAAACACACCGUAACACCGAGUUAGACACCCCCUCCAGAGAUGAAUGUUGCCGACUGCUUGCUUGUCCAGUUAUGCAAACUUGAGUAACGACCGCAGGAUAGCAAUACACAGCGGUCUACGUCUCCACACGCAAACCUCAACCAAAAAGCCACUCUAUAGCCACAAAUGAUGCUCAGAACAGCACCUAACUUCAUCAACAGUAAAUAGGGUCCCAGCCAUAGCACUAGCCAACAAACAUCUUUUUAGUUUUGCCUAAUUUCUUUAGCGAAGAGACCAAACACAACUCACCCACUCUCCUCCAGCAACCGCUUGUUUGUGUGGGAGCCCUGACGAGUCGAUCACUGAGUGCAGCGGAUGUUUUCCAUGAGCGAUAAUCAUCAUAAUAAUAAUUUUGGACUGCAGACAUGGUAGUUCUUCUGCCUUAGCAUCUCGAUCUGAUUGUAUUUCCAGAAAGUAAUAAUCAUAAAUGUUCUUCCUUGAGCUGCGAAACUCCACUGCGCUCGACUCGUCAGGUCUCCCCCCACAAACAAGCGGCUUUUUAACUUAAAACCUCAAUUAUCAAGGUUUCAUAGCAAAAAUUAAAAAAAAACAUUCAAUUGUUUGUUUGUCUGUUUGUUUUUUGAUAAAUAAGUUAGAGUCAUUGCCUCCAAUCUGUAACACUGUCGAUUUUGCGUCUUAAGGCCAAGUUGAAUUUAAUGUCAUGGAGUUAGGACCCAUUUUCUGUGUCUCGAUUAUACUUUCUAUUACUCAGUAUUUAAAAACUAUCCAACUUCUCUGCCUCUUUUAUGUCCUGAACACUUUCUCAGCUUUUUGGCACUUACCAGGUAUCAUAAAAAAUCACAAUCUUUUGCUUACAGCUCAUACACGUUAAGCUACGUGUGAACUUAUACAAAAGGUAAGUAAGCAUACACAGCUGAGUUGCUGCAUCGUUCAAAGUAUGGCCUCUUCAAACACAGCAUCCAAACUGCUCAUCAACAAAUUGAAAGUCUAACUUCAUCAAUUAAGUGAUUAAAUUGAAACAAGAGGGUACAAGGUUUUCCCCCCCUACCAACAACUCUGCAGAUUAGCUUUCUGCUUCAACAGGUGAAUUAAAGUCACAUUGCAAGGUUGAUUGGAUAAACCACUCCUUAAUUACAGUUCAUUUUGCAAAAGUCAAAAUGGAAACAGUUAAAUCUAAAAAUGCAGGGGAUGUGUCGUAAUCAUCUGUGGAUGCAUGUAGCCCCUGGGUUAGGAGUCUCAGAUUGUUUUUCGCACGUGUUUAAUGAAACACAUUUCCUCUGAAUACAGCUUUUGGAGCUUCAUGUUGACCCCUGGGGUUCUUCCAACAGGUGUGUCUACCCAGGGGUAUAAAAGACGUUUCUGUGGCUGUAAUGUCUCAUAGCUCUGUUAUGUCUCACAUAAUUUGACUGAACACACCCUGGACACUUUUUGUGCCAGACAUGAACGUCUUUAUCUUCUUUUCUUCUCCACUGUCAUGUGUUGCUCCACCCUAACAAGGCCAGGCAUGCACAAAGUUGUUUGUUCUAUAUAAGCACUUGCAAGGACUCUCCUGGAAACUUGUCAUUUGUCAAUCAGAGCAUCCAGUUCAACGCCUUUCUUUAUGAUCGAGAAGAAGUCUCCCUCUCUACGUUUUUCUUUUUUACAGCUUAUGUUUAACAGUUUUUGUGCUUGUACUUGUACCGUGCAUUAAGUCAACAGCCCAGGGUGUAAGGCUGUUAUGUGGAUUGAAGUGGAUGAAUUCAGUGGGAAAAGAAACCAUUUAUCAGUGCAGCUUGGGGUGGGGUCUGUUUGCUCUUUGCAAGGCUGCAGGGAGAACUGAUUUUCUGUCACAACACUCUGUCACACCCUCUUGCUGCAAGCUGUGCUAACAAGCUAUAGCUGACAAAUAUAUUCAUGUUAAAAAAAAAGAGAGAAAACUCUGGAACUGAAAAGCCCCAAGACUGCAGAAUCAGAAUAGGAAAACAGAUGUCAAAUAUGAAUGAUGGAUGAAGGGAAAUGUUGAGUGUGUUAAGAAAUGCGUGCAAAGAAAUUGUCCCUAAUAGAAUAAGAAGAGAAUUGAAAUAAGUGAAGGUGGAAAACAAGCUCAGUAGGAUUGUUUCGGUGACACAUUGACAUUAGUAUUGAAAGAUAUCAGACAUUGCACCAGGUUAUUAAUGUAAACAAAGCUAAUGAUUUUGAAUGCAGUCUUGGUAUCUUGGAACCCAUCAGUUAUCAUUAUGCAGUGAGCGUCUGUGGAUUAACUCUUUGUUUGUUCUGGUGUAGCUGUUAUUGUUUCACGACUUUCAGACAAGAUUUUUUUUUCGAUACACGACAUUGUCUACAUUUCAUUAAGAUACUUCUAAAGCGGCUGUUUCCAGAUAAUUUUUCACAGUAGGGCUGGGCGAUAUGGGAAAAAGUUUAUCACAAUCUAUACAUCAUAGAGCAAGAGAAAGUUAGUGCAACAAAUAUAGCAGCAGCGGGAAAGACAUUAGGGAUGCAAACAGGACACAAAUGAGAUGGGCCUGACACAUAAGGUUUGCAAGAUAUGCUACAUGAAAAUAAAAUACAGUGUAAAUGAGACAAACAUAAAGGAAAGACAAAUGCUAAAUUAGCUAAACAGUUGAAAAAAAUUGUAUAAAUCGCAUUAUAUUGUAUUGCAAUCCUCACUGUAUUGCAAAAUUUUAAAAACCGCAAUAAUAUCGUUUGGUGGCCCAAGUAUCUUGAUAAUAUCUUACUGUGGGGCCACAGUAUCGUGACACAUGUAUCGUGAUACGUAUCGUGAGGUCCUUGCCAAUACCCACCCCUAAUAAAAAGUAAUUCAGCAUGUGACAGUGAAAGUUAAAGUUAUAUUCUACAUGUUGAAUUUAAUGAAUAUAAUGAAAAAAAAUUAGCCCUUGAUAUUGUGAAGUAACUUCAAAGUAGCAUUGCAUUGUUUUGUUUUUUUAAACUGCACCUUAAAUUUAUUAGAACUGUGUUUUCGUGUAUGUUAAAAUCCCCUUUUUCAUGUUAAAUUUGGCACAAACUCCACAGGUUCUUCUCUGUUUAGUCUUCAGGAAGUUGGAGACUCAUGUUGACUGAGUUCUUAUUGACUUCUUGCCAGAUCUGCCAGCAGUGACAUUUAACUGUCAACCAUCAUAAACAUCAACAACUCAUUAGGUUUGGGUCAGUUUAAAAGCACCUACAUCUUUUGCAUGUCGCUACAAAGACUGAUCACUCAGGUUGUGAAAUAGCUGUCAUUAUCAAGACUUAUAAAAGACUCUAUGGGAGUAAUUAUCCCCCCCUUUUUUGGCAGCUCUAAGGUCAUGCCUGUGAGUUAGAAAUUGAUAGUAAUUACUUGUGAACACUCCUGUUUGUCUCUUUUCCUGAAAGGUUUACUGCUAGCCUGACAGCGGCAUCCCUCAGGCCAGAGAAAUGAGGGCUAGGACAUGCUUUGGGAGUGAAGCAAUUAGAUAAUGCAUGUGCAGGGUGCAAACAAGUCAAGCCCACACCCAUAUUGUGGGGUAAAGUCUGUGUGGUAACGCAGAGGGGCCAGGUCUAAAUGGAGGAUUAGACAUGUUACAACAGCAGAAGCUGAUUAUCUGCUAGUCCAUCAGCAAGAAGGGAGGAUUCAGUGGUGACGUACCCAACCCUCUAUUCAGACAGGUGCUUUGAUGUGGGCCAAUGGAUUGUUAUAAUCUCACCUUGUUCCAAACAACUUAAUGGUGUCGAUGGAGUUAAGCUUACUCCUGUUACUGUGUUGUUUUACUGCCAGUCUGUACUAUAGAUGAUAUAACUGUGCCCCAGCUUGUUUGAAAGUCGAAGUCACCAAAUGGUUUUUCCAUUCAUUGUGGAUUUAGUAAUGAAUAUAAAAGAUGAAGUUUUAGUUUGUUAAUAACCCACGUCGAUCCCUUCACUCAAAUGCAGAUUACAGAAGCUUUAUUUUUUGUUUGGGUGAACAUAAACAACCACAGUUGCUCGACCUUUAAUCAAGAGGUGUUUAUUUAAGACCAAAAAAGUUUCUCUCGAUUACUCAUCUCUUUUCUCAAAACCACUUAACCUCAGUGUUAACGCUCUUGUAUCCAAAACACACGUUACACUUCAAUAAGCUUCAAUAAACAGUAUUUUGUAGUGUAUUCUUAUUGAUACUGGAAGAGUUUGUUUUAAGGUUAUUUAGAUAUCAUGCGAUAAUAAUCAUACUAUUUACUUUUCUUGGUAAUUCUAUGAGCACAGUGAAAGACAUAUUUGCAACUUUUGUGGGAUGUGUGAAUUUGCCCUAAUCAUAAAUAUAUUAAUUGAAUUUUUAUUGGAUAUCUAUAGAAAUAUCAAUGUAAAGGGUGGAACUUUUUUUUUUUUCAGAAACUUCAAAUUUGACUUUCUUUAUAUAUUUUUUUAUACAUUUCUUUAUCUUUAUAUAGAAUGUAAAUCAAAGUGCGUCACAGAGGCUGAAAACAACAAUAAAUCUCAACCCUCCCACCCACACACACACACCCAUAGACCCACACACACAAAGACACACACCUACCCUCAACCAAACACACAUACACACACACACACAAGUGCACACAGAGUGAGCUUUUAAGAUAUAUUGCUAAAGAGACAUGGCUUGACACCGCGUGACACUGCGUGAAGAAAGAGCUACCUUUGGGAAACACUGGAGAUAAAAAGAUAAAAAUAGUAAAAAGAAAGACUAAAACUUGAUAGACUAAGACGAGAAGAUAAUAUAAAAUUAAAUAAGUAAGAGCUCAUUACCAUGUAGAAGGGGUAAAAAAGUAAAAACCUCAUUGAAGGGAAUUAAGAAAAAGACUAAGAACAGAAAAAUGCAUUUAUAUAUAGUAAUAAUGAAAAAACAUCAAUGAGUUAAUAAAUACAAUUAACAACAUUAAGAUCUCCAAUAAAAUGAACAGUAGCAACAUGAAAAAUAAGGAAAGGCAAUCAGUAAAAAGCCUAAAAUCAGUUAAAAUGUGAGUCCUGAGCCUCUUAAAAAAUAGAAAAAUAGACCACUUUGGUCAGUUAAGGUCUGUACACUGUAAAUGAUUAAAGAUAAUAUGAAAUUAAAGCUCAUGUGAGUGACUUUCUGUUGCAUCGGUUUUGACAGACCCUGUAGACAAAGUGGUUUACCUCAUGUCACAUACCUUGCAGCGGAGGUGGCUCAGAUAUGUGGACUGUCAUUGCAUAUUUGUUACAAUUAUCAGUUAUCAGUCUCACGAACUACUAAUGAUCGGUUUCUGUAUUGGUCUUGGAAAACUAGUAUCUGUCAAUCCCUUGUAUAAAAAUGAAUUCCUCUCUUUGAUGGCCUUGUUUGAUCUUUCAGGUCAUUCAGAGGUGUUGGUAUCAAUCAGAGGCUGUUUUAUUACCAGCUAAAAAUUCCUCACCAGGGCUCUAACUAUUAAGUGAUAAAGACAGUUUACAGAUUUAUAAGUGCUUGAAGUUGACCCUUAAUAAGUUUAGUAACCUUGAGGAAUGUUUUUCCUUUGGAAAUCACAGAUUUUUUUCAUUAAAGCCGUCUGCAUUUCCUCCCUGGAGGAACAUCUCAUAAAUGAAAAAUGUUCAGCGAGAGCCGUCUCCAGCAGAUUUCAGGCUUCAGAUAGAGGAAAGUUAUGCAGACAGAUAAAGAGACAGGAGGGAAUGACCGGUUAAUUAAGACCCCGGUACUCCACUGAGAAGCUAACGAACAUUUUUGGUCUCUGAUGUGGUAUUUUGUAAGCAGAUGGUCUGAAGUUCAGCUGAAAUUACCACAGUUCACUGGAAGUCAUUUAAAGUAUACAGUCAGUUUUUGGGAAUGAGCGUGGUGUUGACCUUUUUGCUUUUUUUUCAUUCACCAUGUGGUUAAAACAAGCAUUCUCUGAAUUUCAGUACAAACAGUGAGCAGUUUGUCUAAACAUUUACAUAACUCGAAGCUAUCAUUAGAUGUCAUUGUGCUGUUGUAGAGUCAGUGAUUUCAGCAACUGCAAUAGUUUCAACAGCCCAACACUAAAAACUUCAUAAAAGUUUCACAAGACAUUACCAGACAAACCUGGUGUAAGAUAGAGGAUUAUCUUAACUAUCUUAACCGCUCACAAGAUAAAGAUAAGGGACUGGACUACAGAACAUAAUAAUUCACACCCUUGAUUUCAACAGGUGUUAUUAGAAGAAAAAAAUCCAGUAAUUAAGGAAGGAAAAAAACACUUUUACAAAAAACAGUUUUCAAUAUUUUAUCCUGAUUCUUUAAGGGGAUAUUCCAGCGUACAUUUAAGUUAUGGUUAAACAUACCAUAACAUUUUGAUCUCUUUCCUACAGAAACCAGCCGAAGCUAAAAAGAUGUUUGGUGGCCAGGACCCUAUAUGUACUGUUGAUGAAGUUAGGUGCUGUUCUGAGCAUUAUUUGUAGCUAUAGAGUGGUGUUUUGGUUGAGGUUUGCGCGUGGAGACAUUGGCCGCUGUGUAUUGCUAUCGUGCAGUUGUUGCUAAAGUUGGUACAACUAGAGAAGCAAGCAGUCGGCAAAAUUCAUCUCUCGAGGGGGGGUCUAACUCAGUCUAACUCAACUUAAAUUUACGAAUAUCCCUUUAAUUGUUUAACUGUUGCUUUUUACCUAGCAGAAUAUGCCCUUUAUAGUUCAUUUUCAGAUUAAAUGUCGGUCCUUCACAGGCUUAAAGAAAGCUGGUCUGAGUGAACAUGUUAGCAUUGUCCACAUUAACAUUAAUUAAUGGUAUAAUAGCCAUGUUUCAAUGCGAACAACAUUACUCUGACAAAAACUUGUUAGCUUGCCAAACUUUAUCUACAAACAUUGUCAGUGUUAGAUUGUUAGCAUGCUGACAUUAACCUGUUAGCAUCAUAGUCUCAAACUAGCAUGGUAACAUUAGCUCUAAUCUAAAGGUACCAAAGUAGCCUCACAAAGCUAGCUGUUGUCUUUUUGUUGUUUUUCUCCUACUGUCAAACCUGUAAAGUAAGUUUGAAUGUAGUCAUGCUACAUUAAAGUGAAAAAUCAUCUCAUUAAGCAAGACAAGGGGGGAAAACAAGCUAGUUAUGGAAAAUACACUCAAAAGUAGAUCAAUCUCAUGUCAAAACAUCCUAAAGACCUCAGAGAAAUAGAGAGGACGAUCGCGGAACAAGCAUGUGCGUUAGCGGAUUGAAAUGCUCGUAAGAUAGCUGAUUAUGAUAUUAGCUUUCAUCAUGCCCCUAAAGACAUUAGUGUCCGAGAGCUGAAUGGUUCCUAUGUUACCUGUUUUUUUCUACUACAUCAGCAAUGUUAGGCUACAAGCUGGCGUGAAGAGGAGUGUGCAGAGCAGCGCUGUCUCCGCCCAAGACUCAGAGGCGGAUUGCUAAUGAGCUACUGGAGCCUUACAGAAGAAAAUGACACAGAUAACGUAAUUUUUGCUAAAAACUUCAUAAUCAAAGUUUAAAGACCACUGAGAACAAUUUGAGUAGUAAGAAAAAAAAUGGGAGUGGCACUUUAAAAAUUAAUUUGUGGUCCAAGAAAAAAAUUCAAGUAAUGUAGAGAAAUUAAUCAAAAGUGAAAAAUAAUAGGUGUUACCCUGUUACCUAUAUUAGGGCCAAUGAAAAUUAUAGCUCAGGAAAAUAUGUGUGGUCACUUAGCAACAGCAGCAGCCCUGCUGCUCGGCCUGCUGGUGUCUGUGUCCUGUCUGGGUGUGGGGAGCUAUAUUUAAGCCUGACCAUGCUCGGAGAACAUAGAGCAGAGGAAUCAACCAUCAGCAAGAGAUGAAACUCCUGAUAUCUCUGCUCGUAGUUUGCAUGAUUGAGUUUAACAAGGACCCAAUCUGCAUUCACUUCCGAUACAGGCCAGUGGCACUGUUUCCAUGGACACAGGACGGGAAGAUAGAGAACAUGGAGUGAUGGGGGACAAGCGUGUGUGUGUGGUUUUGUGUUAUGGUUAUAGAUUGAGGUCAGGAAGAGAGGGUGGAGUCUUUCAGAGUGGAGGAAUGAAAUGACAGUUGACCUUGAGGCGGCGUCUCGUCGCACAGACCCCCAAAGCAGACAGACGGUGGGCUUUUCAGCUGCCAUUUGAUCCCGUCCAUUUACCGUGGCUGCCUCAUUAGCACGCUACAUAUGUGUCUCUGUGGAGUCUGGGGGUACCAUUGAUUACAGAGCGCCAUGGCUCUCAAUCGAUGACCCACUAUAGUCAAUCCUUCCCUUCUUUUUGUCUCAGGGAAGCUGCACAUCUCUCACUAUGUCACAUUUCUGUGCCUCUCUCCAUCCUGCUCCUCCUCCAGCUGCGAUUAUUCCAAGAGGCUGUGCUGAAAGUAAAUCACGGCUCAGCUCCAGCGCCGUAUGAUCACUCACAGAGGGUGGGGUUCCCAUGCUGUCAUGGAGGAGACAUUAUAGACACCUAUGGGAUCCAUGGGAGGAAUCGGGCGCGCUCUGGACACUCAGAAGCGGUUUAUCAAAGCUGUCGGCAGCCUCAUUUCAUACAGCGGCAGAGCUGAGUGGGUGCUUGUCCUGCAUGUAGCCAGAUGUAUUGAUCUUUGAAUCUGUUAUCAUAUAACACUUCCUGUUUUACUAUGGCCUGCACUCAUGAGAAUGAAUGUUGAUGGCCCUAUUAAAAUCUCAAUCUAGUGUUUAGAUUGAGAUCCUUUAACAGGCAUAACAUUGAGUUUUCCUUAUAAAAACCAACAGCCUAGAAUAAAUAAUGGUCCUCUAAAACGGAAGAACAUUACUUCAAUUUUAUUUACAAAUACAGAUUUUAUAUUCUGACUGUUGUUGUUUUUAUCACUAUUUGUUGUUUUUACUAUUGCCCUUCACUGUGUGCACUAUGAGGUCUGUUUUCUCACAUGUAAAUCACAUUGUAAAAAAAAUUUAUUAUUAUUAUACAGGUAGCAUUGUGAUAUUCUAUUGCAAACAUAGACGUAUAUAUCGCUCCCAGUUACCCUUAAAUUCAUUGGUUUUUUUGCACAAAGUUAACACUGAUUCACACGCACACACACAAACAGGAAAAACAAACCUAACAAACAUGUUCACACAGACAAAUUCACAAUAAAGCCGCUGCUAAAGUGCUGAACCCGCAAAUGUUUGAGUGCCCACUUGAGGCUGGCUCCGAAAGCCAAGGAGACCCCGUUAGUGCCAGAGUGUAAAAACCUAUUUGUGUAACAAAAUUAAGCAUUUAAUUUAUUUUCUCCAUUCAUCUGUACUUGAUGCCGAUGAAUAGUCUCUUGUCCUGACUUGUCCUGUUCUGUCUUAUACCGUCCUCUCUUGUCCGGACUUGUCUUGCUUUGUCCCACAUGCCCGAUCGUGUCCCAUGUUGUCCUGUCUUGUCCUAUCCUGUACAGUCUUGUCCAGUCUUGUCCCGUCCCACAUGCCCUAUCCUGUCCAGUCUUGUCCUGUCCUAUAUGCCUGUCUUGUUUUUCAUUUACCCUUCCAUUUUAUUCUGUUCUAUUCUGUUUCUUUUUUUGUUGGUGAAGAAAAAUCAAAUCUCUAUCAUGUUAUUCUUAUAAAUAAUGUUGUAUAUUUUCUCUCUUCUAGUUUGUGACGCUGUAGAUUUAUAUUGUGUUUUACAGAGGGAGGCUACCUUUAUGAUGACUCUCUUUCUCUCUGAUUUGAAUUAAGACAAAGAACCACAAACACGUUUUAAUACCAGAAACUGUUAAUUGAAGUGAUUCAUUUAAUUAGCAGGUAUUGUUGUCUCUAAGGAGAGUAAUCUGUUCUAAUACCUGGGAUCAGUGAUAAAGCUUAUAUUCAGAUGUUUGGUGAAAGAGAAAUUCCAAUCAGUAAUAUGUAACCCUGUCCAGAAUGUCGUAUAGUUUAAAGAGGGUGUUGUCGGACUCAAACUUUUAUUUGCUAUGAGUAACAGAGGCACUGAGGGAUGAUCUACAACCACACCUCUGAUUUUUCCUUCUGCUCCUUUGGUAUUUACCGCAUGUUGCCAAGCAGUACUAUGUUCACAACACCAUACAACAUUUGAUCAUUAAAAUAAUCAUUUAUAAUUCCUCAUUUUAAAGAUACGAUCUGUUAUAUAGUUUUCUAAUUCUGGAGAUAUAAAUCAACCUAACUCUAACCUACAAGAUUAAAUCAUUACGGCUGCCAUGAAACUGUCAUCGAGAGCGCUGUCAUCAAAAAGCGUCGACGCAAGAACACAAGUGCUCCAGAUUUGGUUGUGUGCACGCUGCAUGUCCGCAGGCACAGUGAUGGGAAAUCAUAAAAGGGCUCGCGUGCAAACAUAACUCCUAGACAUACCGCACAAAGCAGGGAGUGUUAGCUGGCAGGCGCUGCAGGAAUGCUAUUGUUCAAGAGGGAGAAAUUGUAUGAGAAAAUCUCAGUUUGAUGUGAGACGCUUGGUUUUUAUCUUGCAGUUUCCUCUUGAAUCACAGUUUUUCACAAUCAGAGAAUAUGAUCAUUGAAAAUUGUUAUUUUCUUCCACUGAUUUAGUUUAAAGUUGUUACUCAGUGGUGGGGCUUUAGCUUCUUAUGCAACAUUGAUUCAAGAAAAUGAUAACAUGAGGUAACAUGAGGUGAGGUAUACGUCAGAAAUUACAAGGAAACUUCACCCUGUUCAAUCUUUGAACUAAAGCAAAAACAAUGAGAUAAUACUAAGUUUUUUUCCCCAGGAAAAAGGAGUAGUCGUAGUUUCCACAGUCUGGAUGUGACUGUGGGAAAAACUCCCAUGAUUCAUUAUUGUUUUCUACUUAUCAGUUUUGGUUGCCCUAGUGAUAGCAAGUAGACAAAUGUAAGGAAAAAAGAAGUACAGGUUGGAAAAGGAAAACAUAAAUGAAUGUAUCUCAAAAAUGUCCAUAACUCAGUUUUUGUUUUUCGUUUCCAUUAUUUUUGAUUACCCCAUAAAAGGAAGAAGAAACUCCUCAGUUUAUUGCAGCAAUAUCCGCUGGCCUUGGCUGGGCUAACACAUCUGUUACAGCGAACGGUUAGUGAUUUAUUUGGGCGAGAUUGUUGAAGAUUUCUCGGGCUGUAAACAGAUGUCUCUGAGUUGACACAGGCUCCAACCCUCCUGCUGUCUUUGUCCUUGUAAGGAGACUCCGGGUGUGUUCAUCUGACUCAGUCACAUCACAGGUACAGGAAAAUAUGAGGCUCGGCCCAGACUGGGAAAGCAGAUGAAUACUUAAGUGUUAUAUAUGUUUAGAUAAGGAAUUUUAAUGUGGAUGCUUGGGAAGAGUCAGUGGUUUUCAAUUUGACUUUCAUAGAUGGUAACUGCUCCAAAAUAACAUGUUGUAAGCAGCUGCUGCUAAGUCCUGUCAAUGACUCCAUUAUCUCUGAUGCUUGAUAUAAGCACUCUUGACACGUUGUGUGGACAGUGUUAUCCCUCCAUCAAGAGGUCAAUCUAAUCAUGUUCUCCAGUUAUCACCAGCACUAUUAAGGAAAGGGAAGUGCUGUGGGUUUUUAGGAAGUGAUAAUAACACAUGACAUGCAGAUGCUGUGACCCACAGAUUUAUGUCUGCAGAGGAUCUCUGAUGCAGUUGUGAACUCCUGCGACCUCAGCCAGAGUCCUGCGGCAGACAGCCUAAGUGUUGUGGACACAGUAGAGCAGCACAGCCAGCGUUUUUUAGAAAACAAGGCUUCAAUCACAGAGGGAACAGGCACGCCCUGCCAAGGAAUACUUCUCCCUAAUUAGACAGUGUGUAUUCAGAGGGACCUGAAUGGAGACAAGGAAGAGAAAGCCUGAGAAAGUGGAUCUGCGGUGACGCAUGUUGUGAUACUUCUAGCCGUGUUUACGUUUCUCCAUGGCAAACGCUGUACGUGCAGCAGCAUCCCUGGGUUUAUAAGAUGUCAGCUUUCUGUAAACAUUUAGAGUAAGACACCAUGGAGAUGUUGCUUCCUCUCUUACAGACAUGCAGAAACCCCCCUCUCAAAUUCUCCUCCACUGUCAUCCACGUGGUCCACAGCAGCUCAUCAGCAUGAGUGUCUGACUCUGUGCGGUUACUUCAUCCCACUGAAUGAGCUCUUUAUUCAUUCUGAACCUCAAACUCUCUUUUGGGAAGUGUCUGUGACUCAGCACACUUGCUGUCUCAUGUCUCAGAGAACAAGAUAAGUGUGUAUUAGCAGUACGCUCUGAACUGAUUGAUUCACAAUCAGGAGAGAGCUUUGUGCUUCGUGUUAAAGCUCCUGUAAGGAGUUUUUUGACAGUUACGAAAUAGACUGAAAUUCAUUUUGAUUACUUUUUACGACAUAUGGAAGCAAACAAGACCAGCAGGGAUAAGAUUGACUGUUCUUAUGUUGUAGUUUUUAAUGCCUGAAACAGUGGGAGGGGGUAGACGUCAGUUAGGGCUGAGCAAUAAAACCGUAAUGAUAUAUAUGAAAAAUUCAUUUCCUUUGAUAUCGACAUGACACAUGGUCAAUUUCCUUUUCGAUAGUCGGCAUUCAGCCAUGUUUUGGUAGACUUUACGAAUAGCCAAUGAAAAGGGGAGUCGCUGUAAGUUGCUUACAUCGUCGACAACACUGGUACGAAAACGUCGAUGGUGUGGAGGUAUUUUGGUUUUUUGAGGUCAGACAUGAAGCAGAGUAAUGUGCUCUGCAAAUUAUGUCGAGUACAUGUACUUGUAAGGUCAGGGUAUACCUCAAAUCUUUUCCACCACCUGAGGCAGUGCCACACGAGAGCACAUGCAAUGCAAAAGUUUACAAACCCCGAGUGGAGAAAGGAGCCCAUGGCGCCUGUGCAGCCGAAACAGUCGACCAUUCAGUCUGCUUUCUCUUGCGCAACGCCUUACGACAAAACGUCUAAGACCUCACAGAUGCAGUAGCUUAUUGUAUUGCAAAAGACAUGCUACCAAUAAGCACUGUUAAAUUUCAUUCGUGAUAUGUAUCGAUAUCGACUGAUAUGAAAAAAUAUAUUGUGAUAAACUUUUUCCUAUAUUGCCCAGCCCUAGGGUCAGUGGAUCAACUUUCAGCAGCAACUGAUCACAAAAAAAGAAAAAAAACACGUCAGAAGGCAUUUCUCGAUCAUGUAAGAGACAAGAUAAGCAAAGACUGUUUUGUUGCCAGAGGGCGCCAAAACUGACACAAACCAAAAGUUCUGCACAAGAGUUGUAACUGUAGUCAUGCAAGCAGCACUAGCACUAGCGGAACCUUUACAUUGAACGACAGUAUAUGAACAGAGCCAACAGUACACACUUAAACAUUCUGACUAUUGACGACCUUAUUUAGAUAACCCGCUUUUGAUCUCUCAACUUUCUCACGAAAAUUUCCGUCAUCUUUUCAAAACUCAUCACAUACUUUGGCGCCUAAAUACUUGAAAGACUAAUGACAGCCUGGGGUGAGCUGCUACUAUAGCAUUCUUACACUUUGAACUACAACUCCGAACAGAGAAAAACACCAUCAUACCUCUGUAAAAUUUGCAUUUAGCGGUAUUACUGGUUUGAUGUUAGCGUGCUAUCAUUUGCAAAAGCAGAGUGCAGCUUUAUAGAGCUGUUAGCAUGGCUGUAGGCCAGUUACUUUGAUUUUUUUUUUACUUACAGGGUAGUUUGAUUUAGAGUGACUUUCUACCUAACUGGUUUCUUUACUAGGAUGAAUAAUUAAAGCAGUGUACUUUUAUAAACAAAGUGCAAAGCACAAGAAUUAGAGGCAUUACUGCAUGUGAGGGGCCUUCUUUGUAGGUUCAUCUCUGUCAAAUUCCAGUGAAUGAAGAUUUUUGUAUUUCUGUGAAAUUUGGUAAACAGAUUCCUCUCCACUUCUCCUGGGACUCCAUGAGGUAUGAAGUAGUUCACAUGAAGGAAUUCAUGCAGCAAAGAGAUACCCCACCCUUUUGGGCGUGUUGGAGCUCAAAUGUCCCUGCAGUCACUCAAAGGCAAUUCAUGAGUAAUGUUUGCUGUGCUCGGAGAAAGAUGGGACUCCAUUCAGAAGGUUUUUUUUUUAUUGAGGCAGUGGGAUUGUGAAGAUAAAAGGCUGCACAAAGAAGGGAAGGAACAAAGAACUGAAAAUAGAAGGGGGGGACGUGGGUGUGAAGCCACACUGUCAAGGGCAUUUUGUAAUCGGAGAUGGAAGCAUUAUUUCCACAGAAGUGCCAUUACCUGCGUGGUGGCCCACAGGAGACGAGCUUUAGCAGUAACUUACCCACCUCUGUGCUCUGUGUUGCAGAUGGGAGGAGGAGGUAUCCAAACGAGAGCAGCUGGACUCCACUGUGGAAUCCCUUCAGCAGGUUGGGAAACAGAAGCACUAUAAUACAUCUCACUUAUAUGCUCAUAUGUGGAUAACUGAAAUUUUGCCAAAGGUCAUUUUACAAACGCAGACAAGGACGGCAAGAAUGUGUGCAUGUAGGCUCCAUUUUGGAAACUGCUUAUACAGCACAAGCACAAACAUUCAUAAACAGCCCCAAUUCCUUGUGGUGUUGUAUGGAUUCAGCAAAGCACGAAUAGAAACAGCUCCAGCCAGCAGGAUGUGUGUCAGAUUAGAAAAACCGUAUUAUAAACCCAUCAGGGGGAGUCUGUUGGCCUGGAUAUAGAAACAAACAUCAAAUAUCACCAGCCGGCUACCAUUAUGAUCCUACUCAGGAAGUAGAUUUAAAGGCGGAAUCGAUUCCAAAUGUCACACCUGGAGGCUGUAUCACAACAACACACACCGUCCCAGCUGCAGCGAGUACCCCAUCUCGACGCCAUCCUCCCCUAUCUCUGCUUUAGCGCAAUCGAUUGCUGAGAGCACGCGUGUUUGUCUUAGAUUCUGGGUCAGCAAAACCCCCAGAUAAAGAGGUGGAGACCAUCCCCGGGGGGGCUUUAACCUUUUAGAGCUCACAGGCUAAUGUUGCUGUGUGUGGAAGGGCUGGAAAUCUGUUCAGAGAUAGUAAAUUCAAUGCAAACAGCCGUUUAUUGUUGAGGGCAGGAAGCCAAAGGGCUGUUACCUUGUGCUAAAUUAAUCCAGAAGCAAAACUCUUAUUGUAGAAAAAAUAAUAAAAGAAGGGGACGGGAUUGCUCUUAGAAAAAAUUAAAUAUUUUUCCUUGUUUUGUUUUUACGUUGUUAGGGGUGUUAUUGCCACUUUCUGUCAGUACAGCUGAAAAGAGACAAGAAAAGAUGGGAAUAGAGAUGAGGAGGACAUGUAUCAGACCCACUGAGCAUUUUUUGAUCUAAAAAAGGUUUAAUAGACGUCUAAAUGUAGCCUAGAAAAUUGGUCUAAAAUCAGGCUACCACAGGUCUAAAAUUGAAAGUUUUUUAGACAUCUGAAUUUAGACCAAGUUUAGACCAAGUCUAAAUCUGGGUUAUAUCUAUACUACACUGUAUAUUGCCCAACGGCUAUCAUAAUUAUUGUGGUUAAGUACUUGGAGAUCAGUUAUGCAACUCACAGUUUCUUUUUGAAAUAAAUAUUUAUCAAAUAACGGGUUAAAGUGCAACGUCUAAAUUCCAUCUACGUAAAAUAGCCAUCCAAUAGCCGUCCGUUGCUCAGUUGGAAGUCAGGAGUCAGGAGCACAUGCAUUAAAGCAUUUGGUUUGAACCAUCAACCCCAGCAGUUCACCUCGAUAACGAUAAAUGGACGAUAACUACUCCACAAGCUGCUCACUCCCUCCCACAUUAACUUGGAGUCACAUCUCUGACAUAGGACAGUGUCUUAUAGGGACAUAAGACCAUAGUCUACCUACACACAUCUAAAAACAACUUUUAUUUAUUUUUUUUGACACCGAAUAUAUUGAUAUGGACAAAAUGACGUUCGUUAUUGUCGUUAAUUUCGGUAUCAGUAAAUUUUCGGUUUAUCACCCAGCCCUACCUGGGGAAGAAAAAAAGUUAAUUUGGGCUCUUAGGGUAACUUUGUCUCUUAUACAAACUAUUCAAAAACUAUAUAAUCUUGUAAUAAGUGGGCGUUUACAGGAUAUGUUUUUGUAAAUUUGGACAUAGCGAUGCUCGCAAAUUUAACUUUGUUGAACUCUGAAAAUGAAUUUCCCAAACCUUAUUGAGCAAAGUUCACUUUGGUUUGACAUAAUAUGGAUGAUCUUGUGUAUAGUUUGUAAUUUUGUGGUUGUGCUGUUCUCUCAGAGCGUCCAGGAGUCGUCCGAGGUCCGGGCUGAGCUGAGCGAGAAGGUGGACCGACUGAAGGCUGAGCUUGUGGUCUUUAAAAGUCUGAUGAGUGAUGUAAGUAUUUGUUCAGGGCUUAGGUUGACGUCACCGUCACUUCCUCAAGUCUGAUAAAGCUCUGCUGAAAAAAGUGUUUUGUUAACUCCCGUUCCAAAAGCAAUCCAGUAAGCUUUCCAGCUGUAGUGUUUGAAGCAUGAACUACUGCUUCGCUGCACCGGUCUUACAAAAGACCCAUUCACACGGCUCUGUACGGAUAAUAAAACAUACAACAAACCCCUCCUCAUCCCUACUUCCGUCUAUUUCUGAAGUAAAAAAAAACGAAUAUAAUGCCUGAAAUCCUCUAAGACAAUCCUUCAUUGAAAAUAGCUCGAAUAGCUGCUGUAGAUCAGGGGCACUUCCUGCUCUGCACAGACCCGUAUUGUUCGCUGGCAGGCCUAUUUCAGUGUGAUAUACAGCUGUAAUAUACUGCAGGGGGCUCAGUCACAGCUUGUGCUAGCUCAGGGAUAAAUCUGGCCUCAUGUUGUUGUUGUUGUUUAUUUUGGAACCCUUUGUUGCUUUUUCUGCCUAGCCUCACCUUUGGCAUCUGCACAUUUUUUUUUACAUUAUUUUCUGUGCUUGACUUUUUUUCCCCCCGAUGUUUGACUCCAGAGCCAGGUAAGUGAAGUAGAAGUAGUGGAUCCUGUAGGUGGUGUUGAUUGUUUAAUAUCGUGUUUUAAUUAGUAGUGGUUAGACAUCCUGUAUUUCUUAUUGAAAAAAAACCUCACCUUGCUCAAACAUUAACUAUAGCAGGAGGAAUAAGUGUACAUGUUUCCUUUAGUAUGACCUAAAUCUGCCAGACUAAAUCUUAGUCAAAUAAAAUAUGAUUACAAAUGCACUAAUUGAUAACUGUGAUUACUUGUUUAAGCUGUCUUUAUUGAUUUAAGGGUUAAAAUGAUUAUCUAACCUAAACAAAUAAACCAUGAAAACCACAUUUAAAAGUAACAAAGUAACAGAAAAUUAUAGAGAACACAAUAAAUGAAACUAAUAUUAACUGAAAGAUAUUUGAUCAUAUAGAGCCACUAAUUUCAAUUGUACAAUUCAGCACAGAUUUUGGUGCUUUGCAAAUUCAUAUAUUUAAUCGUAACUAUUGCAAAAACAACAAAUCAAAAGUUGAAAUUAGAAAAAUCUGUGGUUUAUGAAAAUAUGUGUAAUUUGUAAAUUUGGGAACGCAGUCAAGCCCGUGAAGCACCUGGACCCUUCUACUACUGAGCCAUGCUGUUGUAAUAUAUCAAAAAUCAAAUAUGUUGUUUGGUAUUUUCUUGCUGUAUCAUGAAAAAGCCGUUGUCGGGAUAGCACCAUAUGUUGUUUCAAAGCCUGUAUAUAUCAUUCACCGCUGAUAGUGCCUGUCUAGAUGUGUAAGCUACUCAUGCCAUGGGCACUUAUGCAUCUACAUACCACCGCAGAUGCAGGCUUUUAAUGUGUGUGCUGAUAAAAAGAUAGAAAGUGAUUCUUUCUCUGUUCAGAGGAGAGAGCACAGCUCCCAUUGUUUCCAAAAAGAAUGUCAAAUUUUUGAUUUGUCAGACCGCAGGACAGUUCCUUACUUUUCCUCAAGCCAUUUAAAAUGAGCUUUAGCACAAGAAAGUGUGACUGGAUCUCGUUUAUAUCAGAGUUUCAGCCUGACAUGUUACAGCUUAACCUGUAGUUCAAAGACUGUGGUUUUUUGAGGGGAUUUUGAGCCCAUGUGGUGAUUUCUCCUACAGCCUCUCUUGAAUGCCCUUCCUAUUUUUGGUCAUGUUACCAACUUGUUAGUUUUUCCAGAUUUUAAGCAUUAAAAAAAACUUUUUCAGUGCUUUGUCGCCUUUAUUCCAACUGUUUUGAAACAUGCAAAUCUAAGAUGAACAUUAUUCUUAAUUUAACGAUAAAUUUUGCAUUUUUGUGCAAUUUUAAUAAAUCAAGGGCUUUAAAUUCUCUUUUUAACACAGCAUCCCAACCCUCACAGAAGUAGUGUUGUAUAUAGUAUAUAUUACAUUAAACAAACUCAUGUCUAAUGAUGAACAAGGUCGUCUUAAAUGAACACUGUUAAUUUCUAGACAACAGCUGAGUUGCUGUAGGUAAUAUGGCCAUCAAACUACAACUUAGCUAAAAAUGCAGCUGCUACAGUGAAUUAUAGAUAAUAUAAAACAUGAAACAUCCAUAUUAUAGACAAAAAUGCUUCAUUUAGCUACGAAUGAAGUUGCCCUUUUAAAGGAUUUUGUGUAAGAAUAAAUAAAAAUUAAAUAAGUAUCAUCAAACAGAUUUUUGUGAUAAUACAAACUGAUGUAAAAGAUGUUUGAUGUUAAAAUAUACAGUUAAGUUUAAUUGGUAUGCCAGGGAUUAGAUUAAAAGUGACUUACUGAUGAUGCCCAUGGUCUAACUGGACUGAAUGUUUAUAAUGUGAGCAUAAGUUUAUCAGUUAAGUCUGCCUCAGUCCUUCCACUCUCAAUCAUGUUUGUGGUCUAUUUAAGUGCUCAGUACAGAAAGGAGUCUCCAUCCCACAUGUCAGUUUAACACAUAUCCUUUCCCAUGCAGCAAAUGUCUGACCUGGACACAAAGAUCCAGGAAAAAGCCCGGCGGGUAGACAUGGACAUCUGCAGACGGAUCGACAUCACGGCCAAACUGUGCGAUGUGGCCCAGCAACGCAACUCAGAGGACAUGUCCAUGAUGUUCAACGUCAGCCCGGCCAGAUCGCUGCCGGAGAGGGUGGGUUUCAUCUGCUGUCUCACUGUUAGCAAGCGAAAAUAUGAAGUCUUCUGUGAAUGAGCCAGUCAGCACUCUGUGGAUGUAACCAGAGCUGCUGUGUCUGACUGUGUGUAGUGUUUCUUUCGCCGGCCGAUCACGUACUGAGUGACCCUCCUGAAGGGGCGCAAAUGCAUGCCUGAGAUUUCGCCGGCGCACGCACAACCAUAUAAACAUACACAGCUCAGUGUGCAGACUUACAUAUAGGCGCUCGAACGUACACACAAACAUGCAGGAAAGUCAAAACGCAACGUGGACACAAGGUUAUCACAUUGCGCCGACAGCACUGGCUUUAGACCAAGAAUGAUCCUGCUGUGUAUCAAGCUGCUGGCUCCUCACAGCCUACAUGUUUACAGACUGAUUUUUACACUCUCUCUCUCUCUAUAAAAUGAGAUUCUCCUCAUACUCUCUAAGUUUAUUAUCCUCAGGCAUGUUUUUAAAGCAGGCAGAGGAGAAAGAAAGUAGAAUUCACUAUUACUAUUAAAUCCCUGUGAGUUCACUAUGAGGAAAAGUAGCUUUGUAGGUUGGAAACAAAUCAUCAUUUGUUUUUGUUUUUAGGAAUAAACAGCAAAUUGUUGUCAAUAACGCAGCAGUAUUGCAGCACUGUUAUGGUUAAUGGGGCACUCACUCCAAGCGCGAGUAAAAUCAUCUACUCGCUUAGUUUGCACGAAUCUAGACGUGUGAAUGAAUAGUAUUUACUCGCUUCGUUCGCACGUCAACUGUAAUUUCAACAGUAAUCCCUGCCAGUUCAAACUGCGGUAUCAAGUGUUAGACAAAGGUUUUUUAUGAGUUACCAGGUAAUCCGACUUCCUCACUCACUUGCCUCCAGACGAGCUCCUUUUUAUUGUGAUUUCGGUAUUUGAAAGAAAGGUAUCAUAAAAUUUGGGGCACCCACACACCGACACGAUCUGUUUAUCCUCCAUUUUAGAAACCAGUUAAUAGGGGUGGGAGAAAAAAAUGGAUUCACAUAAGUAUCACAGUUUUUUGUUUUACAAUUUUUAAAUAAAUUUUUAUGUUAAAAAAUUGAUUUUUUUUCAAUUUAAGAACAAAUCUUCAAAAACUAAUAGUCAGUAGACAAUCAUAAUCAUUCAACUGUUUCACUGGUAUUAAAAAUGCAGACUGAAUAUCGAGGAAAAUCAAAAAUAUUAUAGAAUCGCAUUUAAAUCGAAUUGGCAUAAAAAAACAUCAUAGAAGAAUCGAAUCAGGAGGAAAGCAUAUCGUCCCAGCCCUACCAGUAAACAACCGUCUGUUUUCAAACGUCACUCAGCAACCUUUAUGCUGAUUAGUUAACGCCACACGAAUAUCUGCUUAACUUGAGACAUUUUCAGCUCCCUCCCAUUUUGCGUCACUUGCGCCGCCAGAGUAGUACCAAUGUCGCGCGAAUGAUUUGGUGUGUGGAGACAGUAAGAUAGGCAGCAGUAACAGUGAAUAAAAAACCAUAAAGUCAGACCUGCACAAUGAUAAUAGCUGAAAAUGAUUUUUAAGUCCUCUAAAGUAAUUACAUGGAGACAUAAAUUAGGUCCUGUAAAGUACUCUCUAAAACUAUCAUUUGAAUCCGGUAGGGUGACUCACUGCAAAUGUGAUUCAACGACACGUGUUUUAUUCUCGCUUCUGCGUUUCCUAGGGUGCAAUGGCGUGCUGCAAGAGGAAAGAGCGCAAAGCUGUGUCAGAUGAAGAGAGUUCAGAGAUGGAUGCCGAGCCCAGCUCCACAGAGGAAGAGGUCCCUGGAUCGCUCAACAUCACAGACGAAAUGAAACGCAUGCUGAACCAGCUGUAAGCAGAACGCACCCACGCGCACACACACAUAUAUACACACAGCACACAAACCAAAAUAACACCCUCUCUGCUUUAAGUGACUCCAAAUGUUCUCUGCAGUUAUUUCCAACCUGCACAGCUUCCUGCAGAGCUGUUUCGACACUCCUGCUCUGUGUGUUCCUUUACCUCCCUCUAGUGGCUGUGUGGAGCUAAAAUACAAUGUGCUGAUUCAGCAAAAAUCUGCAGCUAUUUUUACUGUGGGCUUAAUUUGCUGUGUUAGAGUCACUGUUAUUACUUUGGUGCGUUUUAAAUGGUUUUUAAUGUCUCUACUGCUUUUCCAUCAACUCCUAACCUUGAUCUUAAUCUUUCCUAAGAACAUUUGCCGUCUGUUUCCCAUAAACUCCGUCCCUCCUGUCUUGUUUGUCUAAAGCGCAUCUUUCUCCUUGCUUGUGACCUUUGGUGAAUCUGGUGGCUGUUAUACUCGUUCUCCCUCCUCUUCCUCCCUCCCUCCCUCUCUUCUUCUUUCCGUUUCCCUGUCCUUGUCCUACACAGAAAUUGUUCAGAUAACUCCUUUGUUGCCAGGCGCGAGACGUUCGAAAUCGACGACGACUGCGACAGUCUGACGUGGGAGGAAAACGAGGAGACUCUGUUGCUGUGGGAAGACUUCACCAACUACAACAUGCCAUACGCCCUCGCUACGACAACCUGCGUGAACGCCGCGCCGUGUGAAAGCAGCGCCGAAGCCGCCGAUCCAGUAAGUCCAGAGUGCUUUUAAAGUUCUGAGCUCAGUGGACCGUUUUUAAAGUCACACGUGUGGAUCAGAGCGAUGUGUGCUGUGUCAGACAUUGACUCAUGCAUGAUGAAUGAAGCCUCUGUCUGUGCACUCUCAGGACUCCCAGGAUGGAAGUCUUGGCAGCCUCAUUGAUGAGACAGAGUCCCUAUUUAAGACCAGAGAGCAGGAGUACCAGGAGACCAUCGGACAGAUUGAGGUAGACUAUCUGAGUGUGGUGAUGUGCGUGAAAUAAAGACUUCGAAGCAUAUUCAAAACAAAUGAAAGUAUCGAGAAAAAGCAGCGGUAUUUCACGUAAAUGUAGUGAUUCUUAGCAGGUUUCUGUAUUUGUAUUUUAGUGUUGACAAAUUUUCAAAUCCCAUAAAUCCUAAAAUUCAAACUUGGGCCUUCAAACGCUGAAAGUACUAGCUAUUUUAACGGAGGUGGCAUGUUUUAGAGACAGGCCUCAUAUCCAGAUCUUUGUCUGAGAAUUAUUAUAAUAUGUAUUUUAGUACUACAAAGUGGGGGCUUGAAUCACAUAAGUGUUGACACUCCACAAGCCAGUGCAGAGCAAGUAGCCUGACUGUGCACCAGUAUAGUUCUGGCUCAUUCAAAUGAGCCGUUAUGCCUCCGUUUAGGGAAAACACGCCUUCCUAGGUGGAUGUGGACAGUUCCCCAAGAAGUGACUGACUGGAUAGAUAUCGUGAAUACUGUGCAGAAUAUGGAGAGAAUGACUUUCUCACUAAAUCACUGGGUGGAUAAAUUACUGCAAUACUGGGAAAAAUGGAUUGUGUUUGUGAACUCACAACCUGAUGUUUGAGCCAUUAUUGUAUGAUAUCUGACAUGUAUUUCUAUUGGUGAUAACAACAACAGUAUGAAUGUAUAGGUGACCAAUUGUUCACUUCAACAUGUUCAGUUGAGUGUUUCUAUAAAAAAGAAAAUACGCCGACCUGUAGACCCUCUCCAAUCAGCUCAUUAUGUAAAUAGAAUCUGGCACCAUCAGAAUGAGAGUGCACAGCCCAGCUCUGCACAGCAGAGAGGGGAGAUACUAACAGCUAAUCUCGGCCCCAGUGAACGCAACAUGGAGCAAACUGCACAGAGAUGACAAAGGGUUUAGUUCACUCAGGAUCAUCCAUCGAAAGACGGGAUCAUUGUGAACUUUAGUUGUUCUCCAUGAAGCUGUGAUCUCAGAGGGGCGGAGUCACGUAGUUGCAUGAAGUUAAUUUCAGAGUUUUUCAGGUAUGAUCGAGUUUCUUUUACAAGCUUCUAACUCAGUAAGUCCACAUGACACAAAAUCGAAACGAAACGGCAUACAUUUGAAGGGUUUUAUAAACUUGCCCGAACAAAGCCGGACAAGCCCGGGCAGCCCCCAAAAAAGAGGACAUGUCCGGGUAAAAGAGGACGUAUGGUCAGGCCCAGAAUUAAACUGAACACUGGUCCUUAUUUGAGGAGUUAGGUUGUCCUAAAUCUAGACACAUCAUCAGUUGUUGUUCAUUGAACAAAUAACACGACAUGCUUGUGUUUUUUUGUACUUCCCUCCUGGCAUGAUUGGUAUUUUUGUAUUAUGACUGAUAAAGCAAAUAAUGUAUGAAUAGAAAUGCAGUAUUCAUACAGAGUUUGACAAAAAGUGCAGUUUUAAUUGACUUUUCUGAUAGCGAUAACUGUUAAAUGGUUUUAUCAACAUUUCUAACGCACAGUUUUUAGGGUGAAUUUAAUAUUGCUUUGUAAUCUCCUUCCUGGUAAUUCUUCUCCAGUGUCUUAAACUUAGACUCUCUCCUCCUUCCUCCUUCUAGAUGGAAUUGGCCACAGCAAAGAGCGACAUGAACCGACACCUGCACGAGUACAUGGAGAUGUGCAGCAUGAAGAGAGGCUUGGACGUGCAGAUGGAAACGUGUCGACGGAUGAUAAAAGGUGGCAGGAACUCUCCCUCUAUCAGCUCUGUGGCCAGCAGCGACUCAGGGAACACAGACGAGAUCCAGGACGAGAUUUUAGACAAGGACGCAGAGGUCGAAGGCCCUGUUAGUUGAUGGUUGUGUGGCCUGGCUUUGUCUCUUCCCCUCCUGUUCUACCACAGGAGUGUUACACAUAUAGAGCUCUACCUUACUGGAGCGUUGGAGCAACCUAAAACCCGGUCGUGUUUGACCCUGUUAAAGUUCUGUUGGUCUUGCCCCCUGUUGCAGACCCAGAACUGGUGCUUUUAUACUAUUUCUGUUGUAAAAUAAAGGUGAGGGGGCGCUUCACUAAGAGAAAGGGUGCAAAUAGGGUCUGAGCUGUGCUCUCUUCCUCUCUGCUGCCUCGCUGGAUCCUCAUCCAGAGCUUCACAUCAUUUCAAGGAAAAGAGAAAAAAAAAUCUCAAAUGUUUUCAUCUUGGCUGAUGUAUUUUGUACAAAUUCUUACCUUAAUGAUGUCCUUUUAUUAUCUAAAGGAAUUAAAAAUAGUACAUAUUGUGCUCCACUGAUAUUGGAAAAUAAUCCACCUGUCUUUUGCUUUACUUCCAAAUAUUUCACUUCGACUGAGACACGCCUGUGGCCCUCAGCUGGAACACUGUGUUGUUUGUGUUUGCAGUCCAAAUUAAAGUGCCGCGGCUUUAAGUGUCUCCUGCCAAUGAGACAAAACGAAAAGUGGAGACAGAUGGUGUUGGAGUUCUGGUGGUUUCUGAGGGAACUCUUCAGAGUUGCCAAAGUUGACGGAGGAAAGGAGCACAGCCUUUUGAUGCAUCAGUGCACUACUGAAGUUCUAUGCAAUUACGCUGGCCUUAUUUUUGGACUGGCUUUCACCCUUCCUCAUUUUCUCUCAAAACAAAUAGCCUUCCAAGCAAAGCAGGUGUUUUCUAUCUAUCAUUUUGAGAACUGUUUGUGUUUUUUUUUGAGUGUGAAAUAAUCUCGGGAUUAUGGGAUUUUUGUUCCUAUUUUGUUUUUCGUGUACACCAACAGUAAAAACUGGAACAGCGUCCCCUUAAUGAGGGCCUUACAUCUCUGUUUUUGACUGUAAUCGCUGACACUUUCCCUGAAACGAGUCAUAUGACUGUCUGAUUUUAAUCAGCAUCGUUUUGGGAGAAUUAAUCUCGACUUGCACAUUUAGUUUGUGCGCAUAAGCUUCUUUUAUUUAAGGAUUGAAUGAAAUAUUUCUAUAGAGGAGGUGGUUUUGAGUUCAAAAGCCAAACAUUGCCCUCUGACAUCUUCAGAAAAACCAAAGGACACAUUUUCAGGAGCUUCACUCUCUCGAUCUCUGCAGAUGAAGGCGUCUUAUGUUGAAACUUUGUGUGUUUUGACUCCUGCUGCCCUGUGGGGGACUCUGUUCCAGACGCACUUCCUGCUUUGUUUCCUCUGAAAUGGGGCUAAAAGUAUCAGAUUGUACAUAUAGGGCUGUGGGCAUGUGAUCGUAAACCCCAGAGGCCUUUUUUGUUCAUAUUACUGUUCCCGCAGCGGAUCAAGAUGUCUCACACUGCUUCUUUUCAGUGCUCUCACUGGAGGAGCGUAAAAACUAACGGACGCAUGGAGACAGAAGUGAUCUUUUUAUCGCCUCUUUGUAUUAUAAGUAUGUACGGUUUGCUGGAUCAAAGAUUAAGUGCUACUUCUAUCUUGAAGUUUUACAGAAGCAGAAUGUUAAAAUACAGGCCUUUUCUUAUUUCAGCAUGUUUGUGUGGAGAAAAAAAAGAAGCUAUGGGUGUUUUUUAUGACAUUAUAUUUUGAAAUUAAUAGCUGCAAAGCAAGCGCGCGCCAUCUUUUUAAUCUUAAGUGUCUGUCAUAAUUAAUCAUUAACUGUAUUUGAAGCAGAUAAUAUAUUUUUCACUGUUUUUUAAUCAUUUUAUGUUAACCAAAUAAGUAUGUGUCUGCCGCCAUGUUUUCUGUUGUUCAACUUUGCAAUAUUAUGAAAUGAAACCCACAAGAUUUGGUCGCUCAUUAUCAAAUAACCCAUAACAAAAACUCACCGAUGACAUAAGACAAGAGUGAUGAAGAACAUCACUCAGAGAACUUGUAUGUUUUUUUUGUUUGUUUGUUUGUUUGUGUAAAUGUAAAACCAGCCUGACAAGUAACAAAAAGCCAUCAGUUUGACGGAACUGUACUUUGUAUCGACAACAUCUAAUGCUUCGUUUAGCGAUUGUACAGCUGUGUCAACCACAAACAGCAGGACUAACAACACAUGUCACUGUAUCUCCUUAUCAAGCUUGUCUGACCAUCACACUAACCAGCUGACCAAAGCUGGGAGGAAGGCGGGUGUGCCUGUUAAUACACUGAUCUGAAACCAUCAUCUAUAAACCACUUUGUUUCAUCUCAAAAAUACUGUGUUAGGGCUUCCACUGGCUCUCAUUGUUAAAGAACAGCAAAGAAAUACUGAUUCCAGGUCUCAGAUUAUCUCAGACUAGGGGUGUCUCGAUACAAUAUUGACAUCGGAUAUCGGUCUGAUAUCAGCAAAUAAACAAAUAUCGGAUUAUAUUGGCCUACAUCUAAAAUCUCCAAUAUCAGCACUCUGAUACAAACAGUCGAUUUUGGUCCACUCCUGCACCUCUAUCUAGCAGCAACAGAUCCAGCAAGCUGAACCCACAAAAUCACAACAACAGUGUGUACUAAGGUACAAACAAAGUAGCAAGGAGUAGGAGUGAUGUUGACCUUGUGGUAGUAUUUUUGUUUAGGUCAGAAAAAGACAUUACAGCUGAGUGAAACACUUGCACAAUUUUGUGCCAAUAUCGGAUCAAUAUCGGUAUCAGUCAAUAUUAAAGGCUACAAUAUCAGAAGUCAAAAAGUUGUACCGGGACACCCCUAUCUCAGACAGUAGAAAUAUAAAACAGUGUUGUGCAGGUUUCACCAUAUUUUCUAUGAUUCUUGUUCUAAGUUAAAGGCAGGUGUAAUAACCAUGGCAACCAUGGCAACCAUAACACUUCCACACAGGGUAAGUAAUAUGGAGCUGUUAAAUACAAGGAUUAUUCUAUAGUGCUGUGAUCAGAUUGGGUGUCAGCUGAUACUCAAUUGAUAAUCAGUAUCGAGAAGGAAAAAUGACAGAAAAUCUCAUGGAUUUGUUCUUGACUCUUACAAAGAAAUCCCAUUUUCUUAACAAACUUGCCCAUUUUAAUCCCUUAUUUUCUUCUGAACCAGGUCAGAUCCCAACAACAUCCACUGGAUUAACCAGUGGAAAAACCCUCUUUGUGAAUGUAGCGUAAUUGGAGGCCUUCUUUAAAGAUCUUACAUGUAAAAAUGUAGCCGUUAAAAUCCAGGGAUUAAAGGUGUGCUGUUACUUACCGGAGACCUUGGUAUGCUUUUGCUCCAUUAAACGGGUUCUCUCAAACGAAGCUACAGCGUGUGACCUUGUGUGUUAAUGAGGUCGUGGUGGAUGUCAAGUGUUUCCUACUAAAAAAAGGGUUUUAUACGGUUGAUUUUUCUCGGUGUAGCAGUGGGGUUAUGUGGUCGUUUUAGCUGUUGUGUCGACAGUUUUACAUCUUCAUGGGCUCGCCUGUUUGCUGUUACAUGUUAUCGAUCCUUCAGUUUCUUCAACAUGACAGGAAACAAAGUGUGCAGCAAUACUUCAGGCCAUAUUUGAGUAAAAAUCUACUGACCUGUUUUACAGGACGCAUCUUGUUUCAUUCGAAGAGGUUCUUUGGUCUGCUUUAAUUUAAAUGCUUUUCUCUCUGAUAUGUAUUAUUAUUUUUUUGUUUAAACUGUUGAUACAAUAUAUUCAUGUGGGUCUGGGGAAGACUGUAAAAAAUGAAUGUACUCAAUUGAUACAGGGGGAAAUUAAAUAAAAUGGUGGAUUAGAUAAAAAAAAAA